UCUUUCUUCUGUUAAAAAUAAAAUGCCUUUAAAAAGGUUAAUUAAUUGCUUUAUGUUUCAUUUAAUAGUACGCAUAACUUUAGUAAACGGCAAUGGUUAUAUAAGUUAUGGACCCGACAUUAAGGGAUCCGUUGGUGAGAUAUGGCCCAAACCUUUGUGGCAAAGUGAUACAGGUCGUUAUUAUGGUAUUGAUCCCAACAACUUUCAACUUGUGGCUGUCAACAAAAAUUGUAUGUUAAUGCAGGAAGCUCUACAACGUUACAGCGCAAUUAUAAGAAAUUCUGUGCGUGGUUAUAUAGGGGCUCCCCAAACUGUAGUUGUAGAGCACAUUCAACAGAUUCGAGUGAAUUUGACAAAGAAAUGUGAAACACUGCCUCACUUAAAUAUGGAUGAAUUUGUUUGGGGCGAUGGACGCGUUAUAGCCAAUUCGGUUUGGGGUAUUUUAAGAGGUUUAGAAACUCUAUCACAACUCUUGGUGCCCAUGCCUAAUGAUAUUCUACGAAUACCAGAGACAGAGAUUUAUGAUGCUCCUCGCUUCAAAUAUCGUGGGCUGAUGUUGGACUCUGCUCGUCAUUUCAUAAGCAAAUCGAAAAUUUUACAAUUGUUGCAAGGUAUGGAAUACAACAAGUUAAACGUGUUUCAUUGGCAUCUUACAGAUGAUUCAGCUUUUCCUUUUAUCUCAACAGUAUUUCCUGAACUGUCAAUUAUGGGCGCUUAUAGACCAGAAAUGACUUAUUCGGAAAACGAUGUAAGAGAUAUAGUGGAAUUUGCACGCAUAAGAGGUAUUCGGGUUGUUCCAGAACUCGAUACUCCUGCACACACGGCCUCAUGGGGAGCGUCACAUCCCAAAAUUAUGACAGAAUGUUUUGGAGAUUAUGCCGGUCAACUAGGACCUUUAAACCCAACAAAGGAUUCAACUUUUGAAUUUCUAUACGAAUUAUUCAGUGAAUUACUGUCAUUAUUUCCUGAUGAAUAUCUACACUUGGGUGUAGAUGAAAUCGAUUGGGCAUGUUGGGAAUCAAACCCCCAAAUACAAAGUUUUUUAGUCUCAAAGGGUCUAGAAAAUCUGGAUUUGCCCUUUAUGUAUCUUGAAAGACUUAUAAAAAAUAUUUUAAAUUUCAGGGUAUGACAAAACUUUUGGAUGGAAUGGCCUGUCGGCACUAUUGGGCAAGUCUGGUUUGAUUACAAGACAAAUGCCCCAUAUUUGACUUCUCACAACUACGACAUAAUACGUAGUCAAGAUUGGUAUUUGUAUUUAUUGGAUUCAGGUGGUGAUUGGGAAAAAUUCUAUUUAAUAGAGCCAACUGAUUUUGAAGGCACUAAGAAACAGAAGAAUCAUGUUUUGGGUGGUGAAGCUUGUUUAUGGUCUGAAUUUAUAAAUGAGCAUAAUGUAUUGUCCACCACAUUUCCCAGAGUUAGUGCUGUGGCUGAACUUUUGUGGUCAGAAAAAUCUCAUCGUGAUUCAGACGAAGCUACUCCGCGUAUAGAGGAACAUAAUUGCCGUAUGCUUUUUAGAGGUAUUGAUGCUAGACCAGCCAAUAGUUAUGGGCUGUGUUAGAAUUUAAAAAAUAAAAAAUCCGCAUUUUAAAACAAGUUGGAAAGUAUAGUCGGGCAUGGCCGACCAUA